AUGACACUUGAGCCUCAUAAACAGGAUGUACCCACAGUACUUUCUCAAUCCUUUUCUAGCAUAAACAAUAUAUGGGAUGCGAUAUUACCAUUACAGUUAGAUCAGAAUACGUUUGCUAAGCCUAUUGGGGACUCGUCACCCGAUAUGUAUCACGAGUGCCACCCUGCAGCUUUACCAAUAGGAGGACCAAGAAUGGCAACCCAUCAUUUGAUUUUAGGUCCGACACUGAACAACCUGAUUAAAGACGACGUCUUCUUGGCCCAACCAUACUUUAACACCAUAGAUCAUGACGAUAAUGCAUCACUCAGUAGCCAUUCGAGUUCUUCUCAACACAGUGAUAAAUUAACUUCGCCUUGCUUAUCGCCUGUGACUUCACCCACGAACUUCUUGCACCAUGAACCAUUGUUUGAUGGUGGCAUUGUGGAAGAAUCCAAGGAGUCGUAUACGCUUUAUGAUCAAGACUGUUUCAAGCUACCUAAUGCUAUCACAUCUGAAUCUACGGACUAUCAGUUUGAUUUUACAGAUACUGAAGAUGAGACAAUGAAGCAACAAGUUAACACGGUCCAAACAGACCAUCCCAAGAAACCCCGCCAAAAACGCCGCAAGAAGUGCAAGACAGCCAAGAAAUGGGCUACGGUGGAAGAAAACAUGAAAAAAAAGAAACUUUUGCUAUGUAAGCCAAUGAUGCCUCGUCGCCAGCUGAUAGAACCAAUGUCAGCACACGACACUAAAACCGUGUUUCAAUACUUUACUGAAACGAGUAUUGACUGGUGUCGAUACUGUGGCACGACUGAAGGUGUGAAUUGGAGGCCUGGACCAUGGGGUAAAAGAACACUCUGCAAUAAACAUGGCUGUGACUAUAAGGGUUAUGGCCUUGCAAGUCGUUUACCACGUUUAGAUCUUUCUGCUUUUUCAAAUGAAAAAUUGGAAGAUCGUUUGCGUCCUGUGGUUCAGUAUUUCUGUAUUGUGUGUCAAUCACCAGAACAAGUAGAGGACAACCAAUUGGUGCUUUGCCAAGGUGGGUGUUCUCGUGCCUAUCAUCAAAAAUGCCAUGCUCCUACUAUCUCCGUCAAUCCAACAAGCGAUGGUUUACGUUGGUAUUGUAGUACAGUAUGUAAAGAAAAUCUCAAACGUAACAAAGUGGACUUUGUAGUGGUUGAAUUGCCUCGUAAACAUAUGCCCAUGAUGCAUUUGUUAAAUUUAGAAAGAAAAAAUUAA